AUGCGCGGUUGGAACGAUUGUCCAAUGGAAAUGAAACACGAGAUCAUCAAGAAAAUGGAAUUUCGAACCCGGUAUCAUAAUUUCUAUGUAACUUUUCACAUUACCAGCCAAAUUCGCAGAUUCUGUUUCCGCCACGUGGCAAAAUCCACUCAGAUGGCCGUGGAUUCCGUCCGGCUCUUCGUGCCGCGCAUCCGAAUUCACGCAAAGAACGAGAACGACGUCACGAUGCACAUAUUUCUGGGAAUCGAGAAGGAGAUCAAGAUGGAGUUUUCGAAAGAGGAGUGGGGAGUCACUCAUAUCAAAAUGUGAGCAGAUUAUGAAUGUCUUACGUACAUUGCUCAAAGUCUUAUCCCCAAGGCACACAGGACUCAAUCGAUUGAGCAAUAACUGAUUCCCCGUUUCAGGAGCGGUCACUCGGUUACUAACAAGAAGAGAAAGAAGAAGAUCCGCAACGUGAAGUGCGACAAUCCGGCGCUCCUGGCCGUCACCAUCUUCAAACACGUGGCAAUUCACCCGAAAACUCUGCUCGGCGGCGUCGAAUUCGACAUGAAUCUCUCUCGAUUCAUUCUUGAGAAAAUCGACGAAAUGCUCGAGGGCCUCCAAAUUCGUACUCGGAUAAUAACAGUUCCGAGUGAGAAUCGACCCCUUCCUUUUGUACUUCGUUGUAUGGGAAAUGAUCUGGUCGAGGCGCAGUUAUUGCUGGAAUAUGAAAACCCACAGCGAAUUCGUGUGAGAAGGAAGGUCGAUGUGUUCACGAGAAGAGUGAGCAGCACGAUCGACGAACGCGAUUUCGAUACGUUUCGCUUCAUGUGUGCGUUGGUUUUGGUCGAUACCUCUUCUCAAACUAACUAGAUAGUUCUUCAGCUGCCACAUACUUUCGCGCAUUCAAAAUCGGCGAUAAUCCGGCUGCUCGUGUUGAAUAUCUGCGGACUGAGCUUGGUGCUGAGAUCGAGAAGCAGUGAGUUCACGAAGGACCGCACUCACAAACGCGUCUGCAUUUAGUGGCGAAAUGGACUACAGCACGCGUUUUUUUCGGGACGGUUAUUUUGUGUGCGGGCGGAUCAACUCGUGCGGAGGCAUGCAGCACUCUUCGAGUGUGGAGUUUCGAGACAAAACGGUUAGAGUUACACCGAUUCCCAGCUCAUCCGAACGGUUUCAGUUUCUCGAAGGAUGCCACAUGCGAAUGAGGUGUGCCGUGCACUCGGAUCCGUUCGAGUACUGGUAUCAGAAGAGGGUGGAGGAGCAUCUCGAUUGGUUCGAGUGUAUUUUUCCGAAAAUCAACGGUGAAAGCUCGCUGGCGUGCGUGCGCCAUGAAACCGGUUUGAAUUAUAAGCGAUGGAAAUACGGGCCAUCCGAACAAUCGGAUAAAAGUUCUGUAAGAGACUUGUCGGACAAUGACGAAGAAUCGGAUUGUGAAGAGGAUGAAGAAGAUGAGGACGAUGUUGAUGAAGAAGAAGAACAGAAAAGCGAAAAGGCACGUUGCACCUUCUUGUGGAUUCUGAUGUUCUUCGUCUUUUUCCCGAUUCGUUUUGCUCACAUGAGCCAAUAA